AUGGAUGAAUACGAUUUAAAUAGUAACAAUUGGUUUAACGAAAUGUUUGCAAUACGAGAUAAAUGGAUUCCUGCUUAUUUUCAGGAUUGCUACUUAUCAGGGUUAAUGCGAACGACAUCAAGAUCGGAAGGUGAAAAUUACUUCUACGGGUUGAUGACAAAUGCAGAUUUGCACUUAAUUGAGUAUGUCAGUCAUUUUGAAACGGCAAUGGAAGCACAACGUUUUUUUCAACGUAAAAACAAUCAUGACUCGCGUUACACGAAUCCUAAAAUUAUAACUAAAUUGCUUAUUGAAGAGGAGGCAGCUCAAACAUUCACACGAACUGUGUUCUUUGAAGUUCAAACAGAGAUAAUGGCAUCGAUGCUUACAUGCUACUCAAUUAAAGUAGUAGAAUAUGAUGGAAUAACUAAAUUCAGCAUCAAGGAUACCAACAAAGAUGUAAAACAUUUUGGUGAUUUUGAGGUUUCAUUCAUGAAAUCCGAUUGCACUGUUAGUUGCUCGUGUUUACGAUUCGAAUUAACUGGGUGUCUAUGUAGACACUGCUUUUAUGUAUUAAGGAUGUCGGGUGUGGAGCAUUUCCCUAAAAAAUAUGUUUCAAGAAGAUGGACAAAGGAUGUGGUGCCGAGAUCAGCAAGCGGAUAUAAUACGUGUCAGUUUCCUACAAAUGAUGCAAAUGAAGAUUUUAAAGCAAUGAUCCGGGACAUAUACUUUUCAGUUGAUUAUUGUGUUGAUCGGCUAGUUUCGAAUAUGGAAAAGCUGAAGUUAUAUAGACAGAAAGUAAAGGAGUUGACGAAAGAUGUUGAAGAAGAAACACGAAAUGCACGACCCAUGACGAACACAGCCUUCAUCGGAUCGGUACUUGGUGUUGAGAAGAGAGAUAAAGUAACGGUUAAAAUUCCAGAAGGAAUCAGAAACAAAGGUAGUGGCCCGAUAAAGAAAAGGAUGAUAGGACAAAAAGAGACUGCGAUUGUGAAUGCUAAAAAGGGUUCGAGAAAAUAUGGACGAUGCGGAAAGUAUGUUGAUCAUAAUGCUCGCACUUGCCAGCAAAAAGCUAUUGUUUCUACUUUUAAAUAG